AGUGGAAAUUUUCUUUCCCUAUGUCCAUUUCCAGAUCUUUCCAAUUCUACUUGGGAAAGGAUUCCCAAUUCUUUAAUCCACCCCCCUAUAUAUACUUCUCCUUCUGCAGCUUCUUUUCUUCGUAGCCAAGUUUACAACGCUUCUUUCAUAAAAGAAACCAACAAAGCAAUACUUUCAGUUUCUUGUCUUUUAACUCCAUUCGUUUUCCAAGUUAGAAGCAAUAAAAACACGAACAAUGAUGAUGUCUAUAUUCAGUUCCUUUGAUGCUCUCUCUGCUGAGGUUUUCGGACAAAAGGUAACCCCUUUUUGGGCACCCACUACUGAGACAAAACAACAGCAAAAAGGGGUUGGACCUCUUGUAUCAGAUCACAAGACUGGUGGUGUUUCUCCGCCGUCUCCUUCCUCAACCGGUGGUGAAAAGAAGGCCGGAGAGGCAUCGCCGCCGUCAUCUUCGUGCCAACAGCAGCAGAAGAGGCAGAGGUUUGCACUGGAAUUGGAUGGUAUCCACUGUUUCGAGACUAUCAUUCCCUAUUGAUUUUUUUUUAAAAAAAAAAACUAAAAUUCUAAGAUAGAAAUUCGUUAUUAUUGUCUAGUCAUGAUCAUGGUCAUGUAUUCUGCUGUAAAUUCAGGAAGUUGAUAUACAAUUCAUUUUUUCACUUCUUUCCCCCUUCUUAUUUGUAAGAUGAGAUUGAGGGGAAAUUAAACUAUAUAGCUAUUCUGGCUGGAUUUUUUUAUGUGCCAGAUUAAUUUCUUGCA